AUGGAUGAUAAUUGGCUUGAUGGUAGAAGUGAUGAUAGUGACAAUGCUCAUGUUGAAGAAAGUGGUUCAGAAACGGAAAAUAUUGAUAGUGAAACAACAGAAAAUGAAGAAGAAAUCGAUUUAGAAAAGCUUAAUUUAGAAGAAAGUGAUCCAGAUGAAAAUUACACGCAAGGCUGUUCAUACAGUUCAAGAUCUGAUAUGGUGUUGUCUUCUACUCCAUCUUAUUCGUCGACAACAAAACAUCAUGCUAAUGUAAAUUUAACAUCUGGACUUACUGAAUUGACCGCACAUGUGGCUUCUGUUGAAGAUGCAUUUCUCUGCUUUAUAUCGGAAGAAAUGUUAAAGAAAAUUUUACUUUAUUCGAAUACUGCAGGAAUCUCAAACAGAACUCUCGAUGACAGUUUUGAAGAAAUAUCAAUGGUUGAAUUAAAGGGUUUUAUUGGUCUUUUACUAAUAUCUGGUUUACUCGGAAAAUCAAGAAAAAAAUUAAGAAUAAGUUUAGUGGCUCAUCUUCUUGAUGUUCGUUUACAAACUUCAAAGUUCUUGCACAAAGAUGUUCAAAGUGCAUUAGCUGUUAUGGGUUAUCCUAAGGUGGAGAAAACAUCACAAGAAUUAAAUGAAACCUCCACGGACUUAAAAACAAAAUGA